UUGUGAGCAAGUGGGGGCUAGUUAGCCUAGCACACACACCUUUUAAAAUAUGGCGUCGUAUCAACAUGUCUUACAAUAUGCAGACACUCGGUUCCAAUCUCCUGCUAAGGUGUUUGCCAUGCUUAAAUCGAAAGUACAGAGAGAAGAACGAACGACUCGAGCUCGAGAAGAACACGCACCGCAAAUUAAACCAGCGUCGAGAAGACCAGAGAACGUGUGGGAACCUAAUGAAACUUAUCCCAGGUUUGGUGAGGUGGAAGCGUCGACUAUUUCGCCCAUAAAGAGCCCCAAGCAAAGCCUUGGCUAUUCAUACUGGGAUUAUAGUAGACAGUCUGUGGAGGUGCCACAUGCAACCAACACCAGACAUGGAUUCACAUCACCGAGGAGACCUCUUAUGGAGUCCACGGCGGUGUUUCCACCUCGCAUCCGCACAGACCCGCGUUCGACCAGAGACUCCGGUGGGCCCAGAAAGAAACAGAUUGCUGACAAAAACCUCGCGUUCGAUGAAGAUUUCGCUGCCUUUGACGCCUCCGUGUCUCCACCGGCCCAUUGUUCCCCCGUGAAGAAGAAGAUGAGGAAAAGAAAAGUGGAGGAGCUGGAAAUGAACAAAGUUUGCAACAGUGCAAAUGUCACAUCACAAAGCCAGGAUGACAACACGGACACUGCAGGAGGGUAUCCCUUUAGUCCAAAGAAAAACGCAUGCAGACCAGUGCAUGUCCACCGCGAAUUUGCAACAAUGAAAAGGUCCACUGUCUCUUUGGAAAAACUCCUGUCUCCUGCUAAGAUGUUUGUUUACAUGAAAGAGAGGGUCAGCAGAAGAGAGCAGGAGCAGGACUAUGAAGACUGCCAGAAACCAAGUGAACCCCCGGAUGGAGUGGUCCACACUGGCUAUGAAUGCCAUUCCAAUGUGGACAAGAUGGACAAAGACAAUGUUGUAAGAAGGGAGUCGGAUAUUGAGAGUACAGUCACCCAAGCCGGACUGGAGUCUGCCGCCGGCCAGUCAGACACACGUCAUCCCGAGGAGGCCUCUUCCUCUGCUGUACUGUCAGGACAUAAUUUGCUUGAAGAUUCCAUCUUCCUCAACCCGCCCUCCAUCUCCAUUCCCAAGAAACACAACUUCAUGUUCAAGAACAAGCAAUGGCCAAACUUUGCAGCAGUAGCCUCUGAGAGUACUAUUCAUCUUAAAAAGUGGUUCCUGAGGAAGAAUCGUAAUGGCCUGUUUGUACAAGGAAUCCACAUGGAAGACGGGACACCGUGGAACAGUAACAUUAUUGCAGAGAGAGUUUCCAGCACUGUGCUGAAGACGAUAUCUGGCAAUGUUUACAUCUUGGUGGGCAAGAUGAUGCUGGAUGCAGAUUCCGACUUGCCCCGCUGGCUUUUAAGGAUAUUUGCAAAGGGAUUCCCAGCAAAUUGGAAAGAACUUUUUGAGAAAUGUUUGUCAGAAUUAAAAGACUGGAGGGGAAAAGUGAACACUGAAAAGAGAAGCAAAAUUACCAGGACAACAGAGACGUCUGCUCUCCAAGCUAGAAAAAAAAGAGAUCAGCAAAAUGCUGUCAGGACCAGUAAAUACAAGACAAGAAAUCCCAAGGCGGGCGAUAGUACUUACUCCACAAAAGUGACUCGGAGUGGUCGGCUGGUCAAGCCACCCCUGGAUUACUGGAGAGGAGGCAGGGUCUUUGUGGAUGCAGACCUGAAUGUUACUAUCUUUGAAUGUUACAAAACCUCUGCUCCCUACCCAGAUGUUGCUCCAGUAGUGUCUAUGAAGAGGUUUCGGGAAACUGCCCAGGCUUUUCUGCUCAACGACAAAGGUCAUAAACGGCAUGAGUCCACAAGAGAUCCACUGACAGAAGUAAAGAUGCCACACUGCAAACAUAAUCAAGUUGAAGUUAAACCUGAGGAGAAUCCCUCUCUUUCAACCAGAGCAGCAGUGAGGAGGCAAAGCCAUCACACCACCAGCUCUGAUGAAAAGUCAAGCAAUGAAAAGGCGCUGCUUUCAAGUAAAGCCAAAAAGCUGACCCCACAUGGGUCCAAAGCUAAGAUGGGCAACUCUUCUCCAUUGAAGAAGUUAGGAAGAAAACGCACUCCGCCUCAGUUUCCCGCUGUUAAUGAAAAAUUAUCAGAGUCUGAAAAGGAGCGGGAGGAAGAGGAGCAGCAGCAGGAGGAGGAAAGGCAAAUCAAUCACAUUACUAACUCUGAUGAACAGGUGUCCAAUGAGAACAAGAUGCCAUCUCAAAGUAAUCCCAAAAAGCUCCCUGAACGGGAGUCCAAAAAGAAGGUGCUCAACGCGCCUCCAUUAAAGAACUUGGGGAGAAAACGCACUUAUCCUCAGAUUUCUGCUGUUGAUGACAAUUUAUCAGAGUCUAACUUACGUAAAGAGACGGGGGAGAAGAAGGAGGGGCUUUCUACAAAGAGCAAAGGGAAACGGGGCAAAAAUAGGCCCACGCAGCAACGCAGGAAGACUCAAACCAAGAGCCUCAAACCAUUGUCGCCUGUAAAGGCUUCGACAAAGUUGAAGCAAUCUAAAAAGAAAUCUAGUAGAGGACACACCGUGUCUCCUCAAGGCAAAGAUGAAGGCGAGUGGACGAAGGAUGAGCUGGCAAAACUACAAAAGGCUGCGUCCAGUUAUCCUUUGCACGUGCCAUCCUACUGGACAAAGGUGGCAAUGAUGGUUGGCACGCGCUCUGCAGAGGAGUGCCACAACAAGGAUUUGGCCUUGCAAGACAUCCAGACCCCUGUGAAGAGCGCCCGGGGAAAAGAAAAGAAAAAGGAGGAUGCACCAAAAGCCACAAACCAACCACUCAUAUCUGCAGGCAUUGGAACCUUCAAGAGAAAACAGCAGGUGCGUCAGUUCCUGGAGGCAAUGCCCAAAGAGAACGUCAACGAUGCCUUCAGUGUGGCACACAAUAAUCGCUUUGAGAUGCCGUCCAUCUGGUCGGAUGGAGAAGAGGACUUGACAAUGGACAACCUGGAGCCCCUGACACCUGAGUCACUACAUUUCCCUCGAGUGAAGACUCCUCGGUGUCUACUUGCCACUCCUGGAAUGGUUUAUUCACCAAACAGUUCAAAGAAUGAGGACCUGUAUGUCUUUCAACUCCAGAAAAUGAAGAAACAAAAUCAGGUCAACGGCCGCAAACAAGUUCCAGCGAAGAGCUUCUCGCCCAUACCAGCAGUCAAACAAACAACGGGAACAUUUGAAAUCCCAGGAAACAAUUCCUUUGAUGUUUUGGAGAAGUUUCCGGAGAAAGCUGCUUCAUUUUCUGACAGUGGGGAAGAAGAGGAUUUUUACUUUUCUGACAAUGACUGACAAGUUCUUCGUCUUAUGUUAAUUGAAGACUUUCAAUUUUUAUUAGGUUUUAAUGUGAGUGUGAAUGCUUGCCUAUAUGUGCCCUGCGAUUGGCUGGCGACCAGUCCUGGGUGCACCCCGCCUCUCGCCCAAAUUAGCUGGGAUGGGCUCCAGCCCACCCACUGGUGAGUGAGGAAAGGCGGGAUAGAAAAUGGAUGGAUGGCUGAGUUCACAUGUAGAUAGUCUGACAGUUUUGUGUCAAAAGACACAUCUUUGGCUUCUAUUUUAAUAUGUUUGAGUUGGACUUGUUGCUUUCUUACUCGCAAAAAUAAAGAUUGUGUUCCAA